AUGUAUGCAGGAAACUGCGAUCUCAUGACACAUGACGGCCAAUUUUUUGAUAUUACUCACACAUUCAAAGUCGGUUCGUCGACAUAUCACGUUCUUGGUCUUCGUAAAGAACGUCCAACUUAUAGGAAUACUUAUUAUAUUUUUAAUUGUAUGGAUGAUCAACAUGAGUCAACAAACCGAUCGUUAUCGAAAUCUUCAUCGCUCAAACGUUCGGUAACAGUAUCUGAGCAUACAUCAUGGCCCAAAAAUCGUCCGCUUACAGCUCGUCACACAACAACUAUUUCAGCUAAUGAUUUUACUACUAGCUCAACACAAAAGACAAAGUCUACUGCUUCUCAUCUUCGUGCACGUACUGAAUCACCUAAAAGAGUGGACAUUGAUAUAACAACUCUCAAAGAGACAUUCACUAAAGCAAUGAGAACUGAACGACAACUACUUGUUGGUUCACUUCGAAAAGAAAUGAAUAUGAAGAAGAGAACAUUACUUCGAACAAUUAAAAAGGAAAAAGAAGUGAUUUUACAAGCAACAACAGAAGCUAACAAUAAGGAAGAAAUAAUUCGUCUAUUAGAAGAACAAAAAACUUCGUUGGCGAUUGCAUUUGAAAAGUGUGUUAGUACUACUGCCGGUUCUAUUGAUACUUUAAAACAGAUAUUACUAGAAACUCUAGAUGCACAUCAUAAUACGUCGCAAUCAAUGGAACAACUUCAACUUACUCUAAUCCAGACAAUAGAGCAAGAAGUACAAAAGCUUAUAUUGAAAAAUGAAGAAAUUCUUAAAUCGACAUCUACUGAAACUAAUGCUAUCAACCAAUUACAAAAUACUCUCGUUCAAAAGAUAGAAGAUUCUUCUACUGCAAAGAAGCAUAAUGAUGAAGCAACAUUAAAUCGCUUAUUUGCUGAACAGCAACAAGCGUUAACUGAUGCAGUUGUACAACAACAACAACAACAAGCACUUUCACUGGAUCUUAUCAAACAAACAAUGAUUGAUGUAAUUAAAGACCAACAAUUAUUGCCUGUCAACAUUACUAAUAAUAUGAAAACUCCACAACAAUCAAACGAUGACACCAUCACUAAUAUAUUAGGUCAACAUACUUCAAUGAACAGUAAUACUAUCGAUAACAAUCAUGUUCAUAGUUUGUCUAGAAAGAAAUCGAUUCAAUAUUCACGCAUCUAUAACCAAUCUUUAUCAAAAGCAGCUUUAAAAAAAUCGCCAGAUCAACAUUUUUUCAAAGUCUCUAUCAAAUCACCAGAGCCCGCUCAUGUAUUUACUAAGUUAGUUAUUGGUGGCACGGAAUAUUCAAGACGGUUGUAUACGUUAUGCCAACGUGAUGUGAUUCAAAAGGAUGUAUUAAAUUUUUAUUUUGCCCCUCCUGCUAAAGAUGGUCCAUACGAAAUCACUAUUUAUGCCAAAACGAACAAGGAAACGAUAUAUCGAGCAGCCAUCUGUAUACGAUUACCUGGAUCGAACAUUUCUCAAUCAGUCCCGUUUCCAAUAGUGUAUCCAUCAUUUGAAGAGCAUCAAUGUAUUUUGAUUGAACCAUUUCAGGGUCUGUUACGACAAAAUGAACAAGUACUAAUACAUAUGAUCGUACCCGGUGCUCACAGUGUGAAAGUUCAAAAUGGUGAUGAUAAUAUUGAACUCGAUGUAGAUGAGUAUAAAGAACAAGUUGUUAAGAAGAAAAUACGAGUUCGAGGCCAUGUACAUAUUAUCGGUUGUUGGGAGAAAAAAACUGAUGCAACUAUUUGUGUGUUCAAAAUGAUUUGUUAA